AACAAAGGAAAAUUUCACACUCGCGCUCUCACCCAAACAGAAGCUAAUAAACUAAACAGCUAAUAAACUACAAGGACGAAACCCUAGCACACACCAUCGUACCCCCACACCAUCGUAGAAUCACUCCCCAAAAUGAAGAAGAAGAAAGAGAAGGUCGCGUCACAGGAAAACACCUUCUCCGCCGUCGACGCAGCCACCACCACCACUGACCCGAAGUCCCUUAUUCACGACCACGCUCUCUUCUUCGACAAGCUGAUCGAACUCAUCCCGGCCAAGUUCUACCUCUCGAACGACGAAGACUCCAAGCCUUGGUUCCAAGGCCUCUCCAAAGCCGCCAAAGCCUCCGCCAAGCAACAAACCAAAGACAACAUCAAGAAAGCCCGCCGCCACCGCCUCGACCCUGAAAAGCCCCAAUCUUCAACCCUAGACUUGCUCAAACAAACCAUAGAAAACGGAAAAAGCACUAACAAAUCAAGCAUCGAAGAGAGCGAUAGGGAUGAGGAUGACGACGAAGAUGACGAUGAAGAUGACAAUGAAGCAGCAGAAACUAAUCGGUCCAGGACUUUAGAAAAAUUACGCCAACGCGUCAACGAGCUUCGUGGCAAUCGUGGCGAUGGCAAAAAAUCAAAGAUUGAGAAGAGAGUGAAGAGAGAUUAUCAUCAAGAGAAGAAACGAAAGAGGCUUAAUGAAUUGGGAGAUGGCAGGGAUGGUAAAUUUGUGAAAUCCGAGGUUGAACUUGAGAAGGAAGUGGUGGAGGCGACCAAGGGGAUUGAGUUUGGGAAGGUGAAGCUUGGAGGGGAAGAAGAUGGUGGGAGGAAGAAGAAGAGAAAGUUGUCGAAGGCGCAGGAGUUAGAUAGGGCGAAAAGGUUGGAGGAGGCUAAGAAGGACCCGGAGAGAGGGGAAGUGGUGGCAAAGAAGCUUUCUUGGAGUGCGGCGACCAGUAGGGCAGCGGGGAUUAAGGUGCACGACGAUUCCAAGUUGUUGAAGCAGAGUAUUCAUAAGGAGAAGAAGAGGCACGAGAAGAAUUCGCAGAAGUGGAAGGACAGGGUUGAUAGUAGGGAGAAGACGAAGGAGGAGAAGCAGCAGAAGAGGGCAGGCAAUAUAGCUGAGAGGAUUCAGCAGAAGAAGAUGCGGAAGAUCGCGAAGAGAGAGAAGAAACUAAUGCGGCCUGGGUUCGAAGGGCGCAAAGAGGGCUAUAUUAAUGAGAAUUAAGGUGCCACCACUUCAUUGUUUUUCAUUUUAAACGUUGGUUUGUUUUGAUUGAAUGAUCCUCAGUUGUGCCGGGAUAUCAAUAGUUGAUGAAUGUUGUCUUCUAGAAAUUUUGUUAUGAUUAAAUUAUCUGGUAGAUUGAAGAAGUUGUGAAAUUCACAAGUAGAGGGCUACAGCAAUGAGGGUUAAGGUGCCAUAACUUCAUUGUUUUUCAUUUUAAAUGUUGACUUAUUUUGAUUGAGAAUGGUCUUCUGUUGUGUCAGAUGUCGAUAGUUCAUGAACAUUGUCUUCUAGGAAUUUUGUUAUGAUAUAAAGUUUCUGCUAGAUUGAAGUGUUUGUAAAACUUGAGUUUUCAUUAGCAAAAUUGUUUGGUGUUUACCUCUUUUC